AUGUUCUAUGACAACGACGUCAUCAUCUCUCUAGGCAAUAACUAUAUUGCCCAGUCUGUGCAUUUCCAAUUCCAAAGUGCUACGCCGAACACAACCUCGACCUCAACCCCAACUGCCAAGAACUCUCCAGGAAGCUUGUCGCCGGCUGUUGCAGCGGCCAUUGGUGUCGGAGGGACACUCAUCGUGGUGGCGUUGGGUCUACUCGUGGGCUACUGCUGCUUCUAUCGGCGAUGGCAGCAGAGGAAGCGGGAGACCAUCAGUGCGGUUCCAUAUACACCAGGUCAUCGAUACUCCAAGCAGGAGCUGGACAGUAAACCGGGCACAGCUCCUAGCUCGUCAUUCCCCAGUAACCCCAAUCCGCCCUCUUAUGCUGGAAUGAAGGUACCAUCGCAGCACGAGAUGGAAGUCUAUCCCGGUAGCCCCUUCGCGGCCUCGCCAUCGAACCACAUUGUCUCUCCUGACGCCGAACUCUCGGUCAAGGCACGUCACUCACAUCUCCCGCAUCAGAAUACUCACCAGCCGUCGGCACCAUGGAGUGAGCUGGCGCCGUCACCCGUACGGCACGAAAUGUACCACGAUCCGCACCGCGGUUUACCCCAAGAACUGCCUGGCGAUAUAGGUUUAGGGAAUGCGCAGACUAAGGAGAACUGGUAA